CUUGUUUGAACGACAGAUACAUAAAUUAGGAAGAGUCUGCACCAACACAGCACUUUCGCAUUGCACAACUCAACGGGUUAUUAUUUUGUGAAAUUCAAUUUGAGAUUUUUUAUACUCAACGUAUUCGUUUUUCUACAUAUACAUAGAUCAUAACAACGUAUCCAGAAGAAAAGUCCAGUGGAUUCAAGCACCGUUUUUAAUAAGCAAAAAACUCAACAUGAUUAUCAUAGCUAUAGCCGUGGUCCUACUGAUCACUUUCUACGUGUAUGGAACAAGAAACUUCAAAUAUUGGGAAAAAAGAGGAGUCAAGCAUGACAAGCCAUAUUUCCUUGUUGGAAACAACUACAAGGAAUAUUUUGGGAAAGCCAGUAUGACGCAGGUAGCUGACGAGCUGUACUGGAGGUACUCUAACGAAAAAGUCGUCGGAUUUCUUCGCUCUACACGGCCAGAAUUACUCAUACGAGACCCAGAAAUCGUAAAGAAAAUAUUGAUCACUGACUUUGCCCACUUCUUCGAAAGAGGUUUCAAUCCUCAUAACACCGUUUUCGAGCCUCUAAUGCAGAACCUGUUCUUUGCUGAAGGAGAUCUGUGGAAGCUGCUCAGACAGAGAAUGACUCCCGCCUUCACGACGGGCAAACUGAAGGCAAUGUUUCCGCUCAUAGUGGAACGAGCUGAGAAGUUGAAAUUGCGGGCGUUGGCCGCGGCCGCUGAGGGCAAGUCUCUGGACGCGCGUGACCUGAUGGCGAGGUACACCACCGACUUCAUAGGAGCCUGUGGUUUUGGGCUCGACUCAGACUCGAUCAAUGAUGAGAACUCUGCGUUCAGACAGCUCGGUGUAAACAUUUUCAAAAUAAGAACUAUGGAUAUUGUUAAAGGGGUAGCGAAAGAAUUGUUUCCAGAAAUCUUUAAAAACCUAAAGUUAUGGACCAGACUGGAGAAUGACAUCAAUGAGCUCGUCGUAGCGAUUUUGAGGAAGAGAGAUUACAAGCCCUGCGGGAGGGGAGAUUUUAUAGAUCUAAUGCUGGAGUGUAAACAGAAGGGAGUCAUAGUUGGAGAGUCUAUUCAAAAGAAAAAACCCGAUGGCACUCCUGAAACUGCAACACUAGAAAUCGAUGAUGCAUUAAUUGCAGCUCAAGUGUUUGUUUUCUUCGCGGCUGGCUUCGAGACAUCGUCUUCAGCGACCAGCUUCACUCUCCAUCAGCUGGCAUACCACCAGGACGUGCAGAAGAAGGCGCAAGAGGAAAUCGACCGCGUAUUGGCCAAACAUGACGGCAAGCUGUCGUAUGACGCAGUCAGAGAGAUGCACUACUUGGAGAACGUGUUCAAAGAAGGGAUGCGGAUGUUCCCAUCUCUCGGGUUCUUGUUCCGCCAGUGUACUAAAGCUUUCACAUUCCCAGAGCUGAACUUUUCGAUAGAUGAAGGCGUGCGCGUGCUGAUCCCGCUGCAGUCGAUGCACAAUGACCCCAAGUACUUCCCCGAGCCUGAAGUGUUCCGACCGGAGCGGUUCGAUGCCGACGAGUUCGAUUCUAAUAACAAAUACGUUUAUAUGCCGUUUGGGUCGGGACCGAGAGCUUGCAUAGGUGAACGCUUGGGUUUGAUGCAGUCUCUAGCCGGCCUAGCGGCGAUCCUGUCCAGUUUUACAGUGGAGCCUGCUAAGGAAACGCUCAGGCAUCCUGUUGUAGAUCCCCAGACUUCCUUGGUACAGUGUAUCAGAGCUGGACUACCCUUAAUGUUCCGCGAAAGAAAAAAACAUGUUUAA